CCCUCCCGAGGAACGCCGACCCGGGCCCGCGAGGGCCGCCGCCACCCCGCAGCAGAUUUGGAUCCCCCGCCCGGCGAGCCCCAGGCUGCUGCCUCCCGGGGGGCCCCGGCGCAGCGGCCGCCCCCUGAGAGCCCCGGCGCCCCGCCGCCCGGCCCCGAAGACGCCGGUAGCGCCAUGGCGGCCGCCAAGCCCGGCGAGCUGAUGGGCAUCUGCUCCAGCUACCAGGCGGUGAUGCCACACUUCGUGUGCCUGGCCGACGAGUUCCCGCAGCCCGUGCGGCCCGCCAAGCUGUCCAAGGGCAAGGGCCGGCUGCGGCGGCCGCGCCAGUCCCGCUUCAAGACGCAGCCGGUGACCUUCGACGAGAUCCAGGAGGUGGAGGAGGAAGGGGUGUCCCCCAUGGAGGAGGAGAAGGCCAAGAAGUCGUUCCUGCAGAGCCUGGAGUGCCUGCGCCGCAGCACGCAGAGCCUGUCGCUGCAGAGGGAGCAGCUCAGCAGCUGCAAGCUGAGGAACAGCCUGGACUCCAGCGACUCCGACUCGGCCCUGUGAGGGGCGCCGCCCGCCGGGGGACCCGCGAACCAAGCCCCAGAGGGUCCGGGCCCCGCGCCCCGGGACCCGCGAGGACCGGGACCUCUCGCUGGGCUGCGAGCUGCUCGGUGCGCCCCGCGCUGCACUGGUGCCGGGCCGGAGCGCGCGGGGGUGCCGGGGAGGGGGGCCGCUUUCUUUGCCCUUGUAAAUGUUUAUUUUUUAACUCUUCCCAGUACGGACUCUGCCAUGAGUGUGUGCGGGAGGCGCGCCUGCGCUGAGUCGGCCCUGGGUCGCCGGGGCUCCCCCGAGAGCCGCUCCACGCCCUUGUCUGAUGGUUUGCAACUCCGAUUUUGCACACCGCUCCACCGUGCCCCCCAGCGCACACCCGUUCACACUCACGCCAACACACUCUCGCUGAACACUUUUAUAAUUGUUAGGCGCGGCCGAUGGGACUUGGGGCGCAGCGCAGCUGCUGCUGCGGCCGGAGGACUGAUAUUUAUUUUUGCAUUGCAAUGGCUGACGGCGUUUAUUUAACAAUCUUUUUACUUGGAUAUGUCUGUGAGGCUCCCGAACGGAGACAAAUAAAGUCAAUAUAUUUGCACAGUGCAUUUCUCCAGGCUCUUGACUUCUUGAACCUUCGGGGCCCAGGCUCCCGAGACUGGGGGAGGUGGGAGAAGGAUGUGGCAGGAAUGUGGGGCCAGGGAUCCCCGGGUGGAGGUAACUCCACAAGCUUCAAUCACCGGAACGAGGUCGCGCCCGCGGUGCCCGGGGCCAUUACCCGCCGCCCCAAGUGGAUCCACACCCGGCCCAGAGCGCUCCUGCCUCCCUGCUCUGUUC